GAUAGUGGGUACACUGCAAUCCUUUCAUAGUCAACUCGGAGACAGAAUUUGAUUGUAUUUGGAAGCAGGCUUUAUACCAAACCUGGCACGGCGUAGUUUGAAACAAAUGUACCUCGGACAAUGCUUUUUUAAAAAUAUCCAUCUGCCAGUCAUGUUGAUCCACGAGGGGUCCGGUACACCGCCUUGCACUUCCCACGGUAACUUCGUAGUCCGGGGCUGAUUCUUUCUUAACGGAUAAACGACACUAAGAGUGAGAGAGGACGAUGUCAGCAGAACACAGUCGGACAAAUAACCGGUAUAAUUUCUGGUUCAGGAUGUGAUGGUGGUGUGUUCCCCGAGCAGAGCUCCUUUCUUUUAGGGAGGCUGCAGCCACUUCAGUCUCCUGGUCUAUUUCUGUCCCAGUUUGACUCCCCUCCCUCAGGAAUGUCCUGACAGAAACGACACGAAGAUUUCAGACACAGAGUGACCACAGUCUGAUCUUCUGGAUCAGAGGAGCAGGCAGGACAGUCGAGAGUUCCCCUUUGUGCUUCUCUGCUCACACACACACACACAUUCACACCCACACACGCACUCGCUGACCCUCACAAUGGAAGAUAAGACAAUGCCACACGCUUAUCCUAUGAGUGUAGAAUACGAGAAAGACACACCGACCACUAUCUACGACCAGAACUUCGGGGAAGGUUUGUCAUCGGAAGAUAUUUUAGCUCCCACGUUGUACCAUGGUUACUACAUCAGACCCAGGAUCAAUAAACAGCUGGACCGAGGCUUUUCAAAAAUUGAAACAAAGCAUCAUAAAUUUCAGGUAUUCCUGGAUGUCUGCCAGUUCCUGCCAGAUGAGCUCUCAAUUCGGACAGUUGACAACCUGCUGGAGGUGUCUGGGAGACAUCCGCAGAAACUGGACAGUCACGGUUUUAUCUCCCGGGAGUUCACACGCACCUACAUCCUGCCCCUGGACGUGGACCCUCUGCUGGUUCGGUCGACAUUGUCCCACGAUGGAAUCCUGUGCAUUGAGGCGCCGAGAAAAGGAGAUGAGGUGCAACCCAAAAUAAACAACGUGAAAAUCAACGUCGAAUCGCCACCUGUGGCAAAAAAGCCUGGGGCAAAUAACAAUAUAGAGAAGGAGAAGGAUAAGAGUAGUUCAUGAAGUAAGAUGCAAGGAGCUCACUGACCCUCUUUACAUGAUUGAUGUUGAUAGCAGGUAUAUGCUGAUAUAUCUGUGUCUACUCAAGAAAGCAGGGCAGAUUGUUACAGUGACUAGGUUGCAAGUAGAUUGUCAGUUUAAGUUGCAAAUAAACCUUAAAAAAUGUCUACUGUUAACACAUGUUGAUAUCUUCUGUAUUUAUAAAGCUAGAAGCCUAAUUAAUAAUAUUUGUCACAAAUGAAAUCUGGUUAAUACAAUGAUUAACUCAUACCUUCAAUUUCUUACCCUUUGCCCCUCUUCUCUGCAAGAAGGUGACACACAUUGAAACAUAUUUACACAAGGUGUCCUCAGCCACCUUCCCAGGAUCUUCCUUCACACAAUAGACAAUUCAAAUAUGGGGCUUUCAUAACUUGACCUGAAUUCACUUGCCAGCCUAAGGACUGCUCUGUCCAACUUACUCCCAGGACUGCUGAGUCCUGUCUCCUUUGACAUAUGUUGGCUAAAUAAGCACACAUAAGGGCUUAAAGCUGGGACCUGCAUGUUCUCUAUAACUGAGCACUGCAACACUUCUCACUGAGCCCCUGGAGAAGCUUUUCUGGCAUUUCUGAUGUCCAGCUUGUUGACUAGAGUUCCAAAUUUAUCCACAAAUACGUUGACUAUUAUAUCUAAUAUGCUUUUAUUUCAUGCCUGUAAUGGCAAUCAUUAUCGCUUUUUACUUGCAAUAAAAGAAAUUAAUUAUUAGUGGGAAUGCUCCCAGCUAUUUCUUUCAUAUAACUUAUCACCAACCCAAAAAAAAUUACAUGGAACAGGCCAAUCAUGUUCAAAGCUAUGACAAUAAAAUGUAAUUGGACUUAAUAGGAGAUUAUGUGUUAAAAGCUAAAUCACUGAAGGGCCAAUGUUAACUUUCAGUGAUGCUAGCAAAACAAGCAGUCAUGGAUUGGGCUGCUGUGUACAGCCCACCUGAUUUUCCAAUGGGGUCUAUAAUGGACUCUCGGUACAUUAGUGCCAGUUUUCUGACACUUCUGGAAGUUAAAAUCAGCCCUACAAUCUGUCAUACAAUUCCGUGUUUAAAGGCUAAAAAGACAAAUUCUGGAAAUCUGAAAUAAAAGCAGAAAAUAGACAGCAAUUUCACCAACAACUAAGAGAAAAUACAGAUUGAGAUUUCUAAUAGAGAUCGUUCAUUGGUUUUGACCAAGGGUCUCCAAUUAAAAUGGUAAACUAUAUUUUCCUGCUCAAACUGCAGAUCAGGGAUUCUCCUGAAAGUGAAGGUCUUUGGCUCAUAAGUGAUGUUUUCAUUUCCAGUGCCUGUCAUUUUGGGGGAUAACAUCUCAGGUCAGGUAACUACCUGUACAGUUGUCCCUAUAGAAUGAAUUCCCCAAUUUUGUGCUCCCAGUGGGGUGCCAUUCUUGAAGGGAGAGCGCUCAGAGAAUUGGCACUACCAGCCCUACCUCAUUUUGAGUUCUUCAAUUGCACCACUACUGAGAAUUUGUGCUACUAUUGCUCACUACACCCGCCCCCCCCCAACCCCCAUCUCAAGUGCUGACAUGCCGUAUCACGGUAAAAUAACUGAUGGCCUUGACAUUACUGAAACCUAUGUCCUAUGUCCUAAAACACCCUGAUCAGGAUUCUUGCAGCAUGUGGAACAAUUGAUUGAGCAUUAAGUUUUUUUGCACUCUCCUUGCAAUUCUAUCCAUUUGUCCUGGAAGAUGAUUCUGUCUGCUUUGGGUGACCUUGUGUAAUUUCCUUCCCUUCUGUUCUAAAUAUACAUCAAUAAUCACUUUUCUGUGAAAUACCAAUAUUUUGGAAGUUAUGGAGAAAUGCUUCAAUUGCUCCUUAAUGAUGUAAAAACACAACUAACAUGGGUUAAGUGUAUUAACAUGAACUAUACCUGUUUACUCUUAGAAGUGAUGUGGGUAAAAGUCAAUUAAAAACCAUUCCAUUAACACUAAGUGCAGUAGCAUACUAUAUCGUCAUGUACAAUUAAGUCAAGGGCGAGUACAAAUACAUAAACAAAUGGAGUUGCUAAUGGAUUGUAAAUUGCCCUCUGUCAUUGUAUUGUCUAGCCCACAGAACCAGAUAUUAAAAUGACAGCAGUAAAUUUGUUGAUUGAUAGUAAAUCCUCUGUAAAUAGGGUCACUGAGGAAUAUGUCAUCUAUUGCAGUUCUCUGCCUAAGUUUUAAAAUAAUUUUUAACAAGGCUUUAUAAACAUGUCAUUUCUUGAUACUAUCAUGAUAGGUUCAGAGUUGUUAAUAUAAAUUGGUUCCUAUCCUUUCCGCUCAUUUGUAUCUUUUAAACUGCACACCUUUUCCUUUCCAUGUAAAAGCCAGAAAAUACUUCACAUUUUGUAACUUUUUAAUUGCAUGUGUACUGUAUUAAAUAGAAUAAGGGAGAUUUAUAGAAUGGCAGCAUGUUUCUAUUCAGUGACAUGAAUAAACUACAAUUAUUGAAA